CUGGUCGCUUCUCGUCUUCUCUCGUGACGCAUUCUCACCUUCGCUCGGUCCCUCGCUCCACCAAUCGCCCGCGCCUUUUCACCCGCCGUCGAUGAUUGUUUCGUCUUGAAAACGGCACUCCGGUGGAUGCUCUGUUCUGACGUAGGCCUCCUUGCUGGGGUUGUUGAGCUUCGUGUGUGUUGUUUGGAGUUGAGGAUUGAUUUCAUCUGUGGGGUUGCGACAUCUUGAAUUUUACAACCCAGUUUGUGGAGAAGGUCGAGUUCAGUGCUGUCGCUGCAGAUUGAGACCGUGUGUGUGUAAGUGUGUGGAGUGUUCGUUGAAUGUGGUUGCAGUGUUUGGAGUUGAGGAUUGAUUUCAUCUGUGGGCUUGCGACAUCUUGAAUUUUACAACCCAGUUUGUGGAGAAGGUCGAGUUCAGUGCUGUCGCUGCAGAUUGAGACCAAGGGGCUUGUAUGUAAUUUUGAGCAGAGGGUUUGCGUUCCACUCGCAACCAGACUUUCGUAAGAAUUCGCUGGAGUGUGAAGGUUUUACACUUACGAAAUGGCGUCGGUGGCCCUCCAAUCGCUCACUGUACUCAAGCUCUUCACGCCCUUGCCGAAUGCAAGUAAUCAGAAGCGGAGCCGCAAUGUAGUAUUACGUCCUUCUCAGGUGUGUGGGCAGCGUCUGGCCAGUGGGAAUUUUUUUAUUGACCCUUUGAAAACCAGGCGCACAGUUCGGCUUCUUGCAAGAGCCGAAGUGAAGGACGAGAAGAAAGAUUCUCAGUCAUCAGUGGAAGACAGACCAGCGGAGGAGAAAGACCAACCGGUGGAGGAGUCCAAGAAGGAAGAAGCGGUGGAGAAGAAACAAGAAAGAGAUUGGAGGCUGGAUGAAGAUUUCAAAAAGUUCAUGAGCAAUCCAUCGAUUGAAUCUGCUUUGAAGCUGGAGAGGAAGCGCGCUGAGGAAAAAUUGCGAGACCUUGAUAACCAGGAUCAGGGAAACUUUUUCAAAGGAAUAAUCAAUAGUGUCGUCAGGAGGUCAUUGCAGCGAGAGAAAGAGCGACUUGAUAAAGCUGAAGCGACAUUCAUUGCUUUAGACCUUAGCAAGGUGAGGAGUUGUUUUGGCCUUGAUACAUUCUACGCGAACGAUGUCCGGAGAAUGGGAGACGGGGGCAUUGUCAUUGGAAACUUGCGAAGGCCCUUGGCGGAAGUCAAACCUAAGCUUGAAAAGAAACUCGCAGAAGCAUGUGGUCGGGAAGUAGACCUUUGGUUCAUGGAAGAAACUGUUAACGAUGAAACUAAACAAGUGUGCGUAGUACAACCGAAGGCAGAAAUUGACGCACAGUUUGAAUCGCAAAGGCUGAGCACUUGGACAGGAUAUUUCAGUGCUGCAUUGCUAGGAAUCACAACCCUUGGCACAAUCAGCAUUAUGAGUGGUUUCUUUCUGACGCCUGGUGCAACUUACGAUGAUUACGUGAGCCGCGUUCUUCCCCUCUUCGCUGGGUACCUCGGCAUUUUUGGCACCUCGGAGUUAGCCACACGGUAUGUGGCGUCGAAGUAUGGGGUGAAGCUGAGUCCAACUUUUAUGAUUCCAUCGAACUGGACGGGUUGCUUGGGCGUAGUCAAUAACUACGAGUCCCUCCUCCCUAGCAAGAAGGCCUUAUUCGAUAUUGCUGCAACGCGCAUCACGAGCUCGUAUUUGGCAUCCUUGGGCUUAGCCAUUUCGGCGUUCUUGCUUGAUCAGAGUUGGAAUGGUGGAGAGAAUGCUUUAUACAUUCGCCCCCAAUUCUUCUACAAUAACCCUCUUCUCUCAUUUGUACAAUACGUGAUCGGGCCAUAUAGCGAUGAGCUUGGCAACGUACUCCCUCAAGCUGUUCCCGGACUUGGAGUUCCGAUUGACCCUCUCGCGUUCGCCGGACUCCUCGGUAUCGUUGUGACCUCCCUCAACAUGCUUCCAUCAGGCCGUCUUGAAGGUGGACGCAUUGCGCAAGCAGUCCUGGGACGUCGUCUUGCCGGUCGCCUCUCUUUCUUCACGUCUCUAGGCCUCGGUUUUGGUGGGGUCACUGGCAGUGUACUCAGCCUAGUGUGGGGCUUCAUUGCGACCUUCUUCCGCGGCGGUGAGGAGCUCCCAGCACAAGACGAGAUCACCCCCUUGGGUAAUGAGCGGAAGAUCUGGGCCAUCGCUCUGACUGUCAUCUGCUUCUUGACGCUCUUCCCCAACAGCGCUGGUACCUUCCCGAGCGCCUUCUACACUCCGCCAUUCUUCCGUGGAGACGACUUCUGAUUCCAAAACAGCAAUUCACUUCUCGAUUCCCUCACACAACACAAAACACACGACACGGACUUGUACGUAUACCAGUUUCCAGUUAAUCCCAGUGCUCAACUUUCUGCUGCAUACUUUGUAUUUUACUAAACAAAUCGGUUUCUUCAAAUGUAAAUGUUGUAGAGCUUUAAUAGAUUUCUGGAUGACAGCUCCUAUGACAUCGCUGGCUUCCUUUGUAUUUGCCCCAUGCUGAAGAGCAUGUGUAUCUUUACCCAUUUUGGCUUACAAACACUCAAGCUGUAGAAAUGGUUCACCAGAAAAACAAAACCUGGAUGUGUACUUAUUGUCGCAUUCCAUUUCACACUGAA